AUUCUUUCAUUGGAUAAGAUUCUUUGUGCUUUAACAACACCUAUUUAUUAGUUUUGUAGUGCCAAUUAUUUCAGGACUAUGUCUUCAUAUGUUCGGGCUUUGUAUGAGUUUUCUGGUGAGCCUGGCUCAUCAGAAAUUUCCAUCAAAGUCGGAGAGAUUUUAACGGUAACUCGUACUGAUGUUGGUGAGGGAUGGUGGGAAGGUAAAAAUAGUCAAGGAGAAAUCGGUUUGUUUCCUGCUGCCUAUGUGGAGGUAAUGUCAGCCGCAGACGUAAAGCAUCAACAAAGUUCGACUGACAAUCAAAACUCAGGUGGUCGGUAUGAUGCAACAGCAGACGAAUAUAAUAAUGAAGGGGAUGAUUGGGAAGACGAUUGGGACGAUGAUAAUGACACCUAUUCUGAAAUAGGACCAUCAAAUAAUGGUUCUCGGUUGCAAACUAAUCCUUUGACACAUUCGGCCAGUAGUUACGAUAACAAAUAUCUGCCUGCCACUCCCGGUGAUGACAUUUCUUUAUCAUCAGCCACAACUGGAUCUAAUAAUAAUGCAACUCUUAAGAAAUCAAGUAUGUUUGGAAAGAGUUCUGAUUCAUUUAUUCUUGGCUUGGGAAAUAAAGACAAAUUGGCUGAUAGUGAACAAGUUCAAAUUGUGCCGUUGGAUAAUUUUUACCAGUGGCAGCCAAAUUAUCAAUCGUAUUCCGUUAUUGUUGCGAGCCCAAAAAAGGAAUCAAAAUUCAAAGGCAUGAAAACUUUCAUAGCCUAUCAAUUGACACCAAGUUUUAACAAUAUAUCCGUAUCUCGGCGAUAUAAACAUUUUGAUUGGUUACAUGAGAGAUUGGUGGACAAGUUUUGUUUGAUUCCAAUUCCCCCUUUACCUGAUAAGCAAAUAUCUGGACGUUAUGAAGAACAGUUUGUUGAACAUCGCCGGGUGCAAUUACAGGAAUUUGUUGAUUGGGUGUGUCGACAUCCGGUUUUAUCUAGAUGCGAGGUAUGGCACCAUUUCUUAACAUGCACGGAUGAGAAAGUUUGGAAAAUGGGGAAAAGAAAAGCUGAACGCGACACUUACGUAGGCAUUACUUAUUGUUGGGCUAUAUCACCACCAGAAAAACAAUUACUACAAUCAUAUGUUGACUCGCAAAUGGACAGUUGUUCACAGUUUAUUCAUUCCAUGGACUUGUCAGUGAGAAAUUUGUUAGCUAUUUCGAAUGACAUGACAAAACGAUAUCAAACUCAAUCGAAGAAAGAGUUUCAGCGUAUUGGUGAUGGGUUAUUGGAUUUGUCGCGGGCUAUUUGUAUUGACGAAAGACGUGCGCCUCCAUCUAACAAUAAAUCUCUCUCAGAAAGCUUAUCCAAAAUAGGAGAUAUAUUUGCUGCAAUUGGUCAACAGAGUGGUGAACAGCCAAAAUUAGAUUGGAUACCAUUUUCUGAUAGGUUGCACAUUUACAGGGGUAUAUUGAGCAGUUUUCCUGACAUUUUAUCAACCCAUAAGGGAGCUAUGCAGAAACGAAAAGAAUGUGAACGUCUGGCUGCUGAACAAAAGAUGAGUAAUUCCCAAAUGGCGGAUGUUAACCGACGCACUGAUAUUAUUUCAUAUGCCGUUAUUGCUGAAAUGUCUCAUUUUAGAAUGGAACGUGAGAUUCAUUUAAAACAAACUCUCAAAUCACUUAUUGAAGAACAAAUCAAGUUUUAUGCUGGUAUAGUGUCCAGACUACAAGAUGCCUACACACAAAUUGAUGAUUGAAUUAAAAACGCACACUAUUUUUUCACAUAUACGUUCAAAUUCGUAUAUUUAUUUACAUAUUCCAAUUUAAAAGUAAUUACAUUUAUUAUUAUUACGUAUUUACAAUAUGUAUUUUUAUAGUAUGUAACAAAGUUUACAUUGUUAUACAUAUGUAUGUACAGUGUAUCACAAAACUAUUUUGCUUACACAUUUUUAUUAGACAUUUGUGUUUCAUUCAUACAUAUACAUAAUUAUAAAAAAACAAUUACAUAAAAAGAUAAAAAUUGUAACAAUAUUCAUUUUGGUUUAGUUCUUGCAUUACAAUUAGCAGGUCACAAAAGUAUUUUGCAUUUUUCUAAAUUCCCGUUAAUUUUUCAAGCUUUUAUUUUUUUAAUUUUAUUGUAUUUUUUUUUUUGUUAAAGGAAACGUUAUGUCCUCUCGCAUUUAAGGAUUUUGGGCGACCAAUGAGAGGUAAAUUUCCAAUGCUUUCGUGUAAUAUUGCCCAAUUUAUUACAUUUUUUAUUGUUUGACGACAUCUAUUCAAUAUAUCACAAAUAUAUUUAAUCGAUUUAAAAUAAUUUUUCUUUCAGAAAUGAUUAAUUAUUUUCCUUUCGGCAUUUUGAGCAAAAAAAAAAAAAACUAAUAACAAUUGGAAAAUACAUCAAAAGUAUCUUUUUAAUAUAAACAAAUUCUAAGAAAAAAUUAAAAAACCAAAAAUAAUUGAAUUUGAAAAAUGUAAAAUACUUUUGUGACCUGAAAAUUGUGAUGCAUAAUAAUAAAGUAAAUCAACAACUAAACAAAAAUUAAUAUUCAAAAUUUUUUUUAUCUAUUACAAAAAAAAAUUAUUUUCGCCUGUUUUUUUUUUAAUUUUAGGUAUGAAUGAAAAACUAAUUAAUCACAAAAAUGCGCAAGCAAAUUGUUUUGUGAUACACUGUAUGUUAUCAAUAUAAGUUUAUUUAAAGUGUGAAAUAUAAUUAUAUACCUAUGUACUAUAUGUAUAAAAUAA